GUCGCUGCACACUACAUCCACAACAUCUCGAUUCUGCACAGCUAACAUCAUUCUGUAAGUAUCUACAAAGUUAGUCCGCGUUCGCGUAUCGGCAUCCGAGUAUACCGACUCCCGAUCAUGAUGUAUCGCCGUUUCCGCUUCUGGCCUGGACCCUGACAUGACAUCGUAGAGAUGCAUUUACGCAUGACGUGCACGACUACGAACAUGGGGUUGUCGGAUGCGCGUGGACUUUAUGGUAUUGAUGGAUAUGAAUCCCAAUGUAUCUAGAACCACACCUAAACAACACAUCUAGAAUUCACAUCUAGAAUUCACGUCAAGACACCAACACCACUAAGCUUUCUAACUUGCAACGAUGGGCAACAACCUCUCCACCGUGCACUACCUGGCGCCGGCGUCGUUCCUGUUCGACUUCGCCGCGCAGCAGUACGGCAUGUUCUCGUCGCCCAACAUGCUGGACAUCCACAACCGCAAUCCCGCGGCCUUCUCGCCGUAUCCCUACGCCAUCGCCGGCUUCUUCUUCCCCCAGCAGCUGUUCCAGGUCGCGUGGCUGUGGAAGCUGUGCCGGCGCGAGGGCACGGCCAAGGAGCAGGCGAUGAUGGAGCGGUUUGCGUGGGUGUACAGUCUGGGGAACGUGUGUAUUGGGACGUGGAUGUUCUUCUGGAACGCCGACAACCUCGCAACCGCAAACGUCUUCGUCAUCAUCAACACCGUCGCGCAGCUCGCCUACAUCUCCACCGCGCUCGAGCCUCUCGACACCCGCUCCACGCCCAACUGGCUCACGCACGUCGUCGCCAAGACGUUCGCGGGCAUCGGCGUGCUGGACCUGCUGCACAACACGUCGGCGGCGUACUACCGCGGCGUGGCGCCCUCGGGGCUCGUGCAGAUCGCGACGGGCGUCGGGUUUGCGGCGGUCGCCAGCGUCAGCGACUGGAUCUUCGGCGGCUGCUUGGUGUACGAUCUCGCGGCGCUGGCGGUUGGGCAGGCCGGGUCGAGCUGGGGGAGUCUGCUGGGUGCGUACGCGGCGAUGACGGCGGGCAUUGUGGGCUUCAGGAACUACGUCUAGUAUGUUGCUGUACGGUUAUAGAUAUCGCGGCCGCUGACGCGUUGCAGUCCGACAUGGCGCAGACAGGCGUAUGCCCGGGUCGACGAAGGCGGUGACGAGGCGUAGGCAGAGCUGUGUACACUAGAUAGGAACGCCGGGGUGUUUCUCGUGACAAUCCAUCGUGCCGCGAUGUGUGCGUGUGACCCGUGACGGAGUGGCUCGCGUUUCCCUUACGUUUUGGACGCCAUGCACAUCGAGCUGCGAGAUGUCGCAGCCAGCCAGUCGCGCGCUCGCAGUUGAGAACUGCUGUGUGCAGCGCGUGCGGCGGAGACGUGACACCGCCAAGCCACAAGCGGCCCAUCGGGGGAUCUGC